AUGCUGCAAAUCCUACCUCACGCCUCAAAGCGGCGCAGCGGUGGCCCUGGCCGUGGGGCAGCUAAGGUGGCGAGACUUCGUCUCGGCAGGUUCAACCAUGCCACAAAGAGGACGGAGCCGGCCAAAGCCAAAGUCCGCCAUCGCCAGCAACAUCCAGCGCGCUUGGCAACACUUAACGUUGGGACGCUUAUUGGAAGAAGUCGUGAACUGGCAGACAGUCUCAGGAAACGCCGUGUUGACAUAUGUUGUGUACAGGAGACUCGCUGGAAAGGCUCCAAGUCAAGGGAAUUCGGCGACGGCUACAAGCUCAUCUACCACGGCACAUCAAAUCGCAAUGGUGUUGGUAUCAUAUUGAAUGAGUCGUUUAGAAACAGCGUCACAGCAGUGGAUCGACUAUCGGAUCGCCUGAUGGCUGUAAAAGUAGACACAGGAGAAGUGGAAUUGCGAGUCGUCUCUGCUUAUGCGCCACAGGCGGGCUGUAGUGAAGAAGAGAAGGCAAGCUUUUGGGAGGAUCUGGAGCAGUACGUCCAAUCCCUGCAAGGCGAAGAAGUACUUUUAAUCGGAGGAGACUUCAAUGAACUUGUCGGUUCUCGGAAAGACGGAUUCGAGAGUUGUCAUGAUGGAUACGGCUAUGGAGCUCGUAACGACGACGGGUUGCGAAAAAAAAACCUGGAGUAUGCUGUUGCAAGUGACUUGAUCAUUGCUAACACGCAGUAUCGGAAAAGAAAAUCGCAUUUGAUCACGUACACUAGGGGCGGUCGUGAAACACAAAUAGAUUUCUGGAUGUUACGCCGACGAGAUCGCCGACUUCUGCAGGAUUCAAAAGUCAUCCCUACAGACCAUGUCGCUGCCCAACACCAUCUGCUCGCGCAUCAAAUGGUGGAAUCUGAAGGAUCGAAAGGAGUCAGAGCUCGUCAUCGCUCAACAUUGGAUAUGGAGCACACCAAGAUCGUUAAGGGAGCUGAUGGAGUUCCGCGCCGCUCUGGUCAGAUCCUGGAGAGGUGGCGAGAGUACUACAAUCACUUGUGUAAUGAAGAGUUCUGUCAUCCUCCCAUCCCAACUGUUCCCAGCGUCGAGGGUCCUGUUCUACCAAUUACUGCCGUCGAAGUCAGUGCUGCCCUCGCAAAAAUAAAGUCGAACAACGCAACCGGUCCUGAUGACAUACCUGCUGAUGUCUGGAAGCUGCUAGGAGAUCGAGGGUCCGUGUGGCUCGCAACUCUAUUUAACAAGAUCGUUGCAGAAUGA